GGAUGCAUUGGCUUCAAUCUAUUUCCUUGUUAUUAUUGGUACACUCGUCACUAGUUGGUAAGCACGAUGGUCGCAUUUGUGCGGCCGUGAGGCCUCGACGCCUCGUCCAACAGGAGCCGGCGACGUCGCCCCCUUCGUCCCCUCCGCUGCGCCCACGCCACGAAUCCAUUCCAUUCCCAUUCCUCCCCACGCCGCGCGCCUCCAUAAUACCACACCGCCACCCCCAUGCCGCUCGCCCACCACCACAAUCCCCAGCCCUCACGCGCCAUUGGAAUUGACAUUCGAUUCCCAGCGCAGCUAUCGAGCUCCCUUUCCCCGCCUUGUUGGCGCGCGUUAGAGCGCGAGAGAGAACCGGCUAACCUCCGGCGGCGAAGAAGUUCAUGAAGGUGCUGUGCAGUGCAUGCGAGGCGGCGGAGGCGAGCGUCCUCUGCUGCGCCGACGACGCCGCACUCUGCGCGCGCUGCGACCGAGAGGUCCACGCGGCGAACCGAUUGGCAGGCAAACACCAGCGCCUGCCUCUCCUCGCCCCCGGCGGCCAAGGCGCCGCCGCCGUGUCGCCGCCCAAGUGCGACAUAUGCCAGGAAUGCGACGCCUACUUCUUCUGCCUGGAGGACCGCGCGCUGCUCUGCCGGAGCUGCGACGUCGCCGUGCACACUGCCAACUCCUUCGUCUCGGCGCACCGCCGGUUCUUGUUAACCGGCGUCCAGGUCGGCCAGGAGCUCGAGCCUGACGACCUCUCCCUGGAGCAGCGAGAGGCGUCGUCUCCCCCGCCGGCGAAGAGCGAGCCGACCCCGCCGCUCUACAGCGAGAGCGACUUCGGCUGGGCGGCCGGCGCCGGCGCUACCGGGAGCCUCACGGACUGGUCGGCCGUGCAGGAGGAGUUCGGCUCCCCUGCCCCCCGCCUCGCGGAGGCGGCGCCCAGGGCCACGCCGAAGCGGACUCCGCGGGCGCCGGCUUUCGGUGCCGGGCAGGGCCGCAUCGCCGGCGGGGUCAUGGAUUGGCCGCUGGGCGAGUUCUUCCGCGGCGUUAGCGACUUCAACGGCGGCUUCAGCUUCGGCGAGAGCGGCAACUCCAAGGCCGACAGCGGGAAGCUCGGGGACAGCGCGGGUGGCUCCCCGUACUACCGCUCGUCGGAGGAGGAGCGGGACGCCAACGAGCUGUUCGGCCAGGUGCCGGAGAUCCAGUGGUCGGUGCCGGCGCUGCCCUCCCCGCCGACCGCGUCCGGCCUCCACUGGCAACACGGCGGCCCCGACAGCGGCGCCUUCGUGCCGGACAUCUGCACCCCGGACGGCGCCGGCCGCUGCUUCCCGACCGCCAGUGGCGCCGCGAAGCGCCAGAGGAACCGCUAGCUCCGCGAGGACAAAGGAGGUUCAUACUACCGGUCGCUAUGUUCCAGAUCGUUCUUGCAGCUAAGCUAAGCAACAGGAGAUCACAGUGAAUGCUCCUACUAGUGAGGAGUACGUCGCACCGCGUCGUCGAUCACAUCCCUGAUCCAAGGUGAAGGCCUUGAGCUCGUGCGCCUGUUUAACGGAUGCAUCAGAUCUGGACGAUGCUAGAAACAACUUGUGCUAGUGCUACCUAGCCUUUGACUUCCAAUGACGCUUUGAAAGAUUGAAACUGAUGCGCUAACCGAUAGCUUAGACAUUGGACAGUAGUAUGAUGCUGAUGCUUCGUUUUCUUGUCCGUUCAAUCAAUGUAACAAAGAGAAGUUGGGGAUGCUGCUCUGCUUCCAGAUUACCAUGGUGAUAUGCUAACUAAUCAGUUUGCCUCACUC